AUGAGCGGCGCUCUUCAACGUCUGGCGCCUCUGCUGUUCCCACCUGCUGGUCGGCAUACAGCUACUGUGAUCUUCGUUCACGGUCUUGGCGACACUGGCCACGGAUGGGCAGAUGCAGUUCAGAAUUGGAGACGGAGAUCAAAGCUCAAUGAAGUCAAGUUCAUCUUGCCUCAUGCUCCUAGAAUUCCUAUUACUUGCAAUAUGGGCAUGGAAAUGCCAGGUUGGUAUGACAUUGUCGCGCUGUCAGGUUCUCCCGACGAUCUUCGUCGUCAACAAGACGAGGCGGGCAUGCUCAUCAGCCGUGCCUAUCUCAGUGGCUUGAUCCAGGCCGAGAUCGACAACGGGGUCCCAUCGGAGAGAAUUGUGCUCGGUGGCUUCUCGCAAGGUGGCGCGAUGUCUCUAUUCACGGGUCUCACCACAAAGUUCAAGCUUGCUGGCAUUGUUGGCAUGUCCUCCUACCUGCCACUGGACACCAAGCUUCCAGAGUUCUUGAACGAAGCCAACUUCAACCAGAAGACGCCCAUCCUUAUGUGCCAUGGCAAUAUGGAUCAGGUUGUUCCAUAUGUGGUUGGUAAGGGCAGCUAUGACCUUCUCAAGAAGACAGGCUUCGACGUCACAUGGAAGGAGUACGAUGGUAUGGGCCACAGUGCCUGCUUGGAAGAGAUAAACGAGGUAGAGUCAUUCUUGGUGCGUCAACUACCGCUUCAAGGCGAGGAGAAGAAGUCUGAGCUGUAA